ACUAGACAAGACAAGACAAGACAGACAUGGCAGCAGGAACAACAACCACCAGACAUCAACACCUUGUUAUUUCAUCUUCAUUCUACUGCACGUUUCUCCUCCUCCUUAUCACCCAAGGCUCCACGGUUGAGGGGUUUGGCUGUAACUGGGGGACGCGCGCAACACAUCCACUGCCAGCUGACAUUGUCGUUAAGCUAUUGCAAGACAAUGGAUUCGACAAGGUGAAGCUCUUCGAACCCGAUCCUCACGCUUUAACAGCUCUUGCAACUUCUGGGAUUCAAGUUAUGUUGGGGAUACCUAAUGAAUUCCUAGCAGCGCUUGCUUCUAGUGUUCGAGUCGCCGAAAACUGGGUGCAGCAGAAUGUGUCCGUUUACAUCAGAGACGGUGUCGAUAUACGGUAUGUAGCUGUGGGGAAUGAACCAUUUUUGAAGACAUAUGGACAAGCUUACCUACAGACGACAUUCCCAGCUCUAAAGAACAUUCAAGCUGCACUCAUCAAAGCCGGGUUAGGCAAGCAAAUCAAAGUCACCGUCCCGCUCAACGCCGACGUCUACCAAACGGAUACCGAUUUGCCUUCCGGUGGUGAUUUUCGGCCAGAUAUACAUUCCCUCAUGAUCUCCAUCGUCAAAUUCUUAAGCGAGAGCAGUUACCCUCUUACCAUUAACAUCUAUCCUUUCCUUAGUCUAUACGCCGAUUCGCACUUCCCGGUUGAUUACGCUUUCUUCUCUGGGACUGCUACACCUGUUGUGGACGGACCUAUUUCUUACUCAAAUGUCUUUGAAGCGAAUUACGAUACUCUCAUUUGGGCUCUCGAGAAGAAUGGAUUCCCGUCGGUUCCGGUGAUUAUCGGGGAAGUUGGUUGGCCGACCGAUGGUGAUCCCAAUGCAAAUGUCGAGUACGCUCGCCGGUUUAACCAAGGCCUUUUCAACCGCAUUUUUCAAGGCCAAGGUACGCCGAAAAGGAAGAGCGCGCCGGAGACAUACGUAUUCGGACUGAUUGACGAAGAUGCAAAGAGCAUAGACCCAGGGAAUUUUGAGAGACACUGGGGGAUGUUCAACUAUGACGGGACUUUGAAAUACUCGUUACAGUUGGGUAAUAAUAGAAAGCUAGUCCCGGCAAAGAGGGUCAAGUAUUUGGAAAAACAAUGGUGUGUAAUGUCGCCACAAGCAAGCACUUCCGAUCCCAUCUUCGUAGAGAGCGUGACAUACGCCUGCACUCACGCUGAUUGUACCAGCCUUAGUUACGGGUCGUCUUGUGGUGAUUUGGACGCAGCCAGCAAUGCUUCGUAUGCAUUUAACAGGUUUUACCAGACUGCAAAUCAACAGAGAGGGAGUUGUAAUUUCAACAACUUAGCUGUUGUCACCACCACAAAUCCUAAUACUCAAGAUCCUAAAUGCAAGUUUGAUAUAAUGAUCGAUGUGAGCAAGCAAGCUAAAUUGUCUCCUCCAAAGAGCCGUUCACGGUCUGCAUCUUCACCUGGUCUUGUGCAACAAAGCUCCUUGUCGUCUUGGAUGAUUAGUACCGUGUUUGUAACCCUAGUUUUGAUUGUUAGUAGUAGUUUGGUGUAAAUUCAAAUGCACUAUUAUUAGUAGGUCGAAAUGAUUGAUUAAUUGUAAAUAGAAAGAUUUUAUUUUAUUACUGGAGGUAGUUUCUGCAAA